CCUUGUAACUAUUUUACUAAUAAUUUUUGUUGACCGGUCGAGCUUUUAGAGUGCAUAAUUUUGUCAAAGUUUGUGAAAUGUUUGAAGUAGAAUUGAUAUCUGCAGACCACAAGGAUGUUAUUCACGAUGUAGCUUUUGAUUAUUAUGGACGCCGAAUGGCGACCUGUUCCAGUGACCAAACUGUGAAGGUCUGGGAUGAGGAUGAUAAAGGCAAUUGGACAGAAUCAAGCAACUGGAAAGCACAUGCUGGCUCGAUUUGGCGCAUAUCGUGGGCGCAUCCAGAGUUCGGUCAAGUUAUUGUCACAUGCUCAUUUGACCGCACGGCAUCUGUUUGGGAAGAAGUUGUUGGUGAGAAAGUUGCUUCUUUAAUGACACCCGCUCGCCGUUGGGUGCGACGAAUGACUCUUGCUGACUCUCGUACUAGUGUCACUGAUGUCAAAUUUGCGCCAAAGUACUUAGGCCUUUUGUUAGCUACUGCAUCGGCCGACGGCAUAAUUCGUAUUUAUGAGGCGCCAGAUAUAAUGAACCUCACUCAAUGGCCUGUCCUACAUGAAAUUGCGAACAAACUACCAUUGAGUUGCAUAUCUUGGAAUACUUCGACGUAUAUGCUAUCUUCGCAACUUUUAGCGGCUGGAAGUGACGAGACUGCUACGCACACGGGGAAGGUUUUCAUAUUCGCGUAUAGCGAAAGUGCUCGAAAGUGUGUAAAAAUUGAGACUAUAAAUGAAAUAACUCAACCAGUAACUGACUUGGCCUUCGCACCUAAUCCUGGUCGUACGUUUCAUAUGUUGGCAGUAGCUAGCAAGGAUCUGUAUAUUGUGAACAUGCGAGGCGUCACCGAUGCAUCUGCAAAUACCAAACUUGAUAUACAAACUGUAAAGUUUAGCGAUCACAACUGCCCAGUUUGGAGAGUUUGCUGGAACAUGUUGGCAACGAUGUUAAUAUCAACUGGCGAUGAUGGAUGUGUACGCAUUUGGAGAAAAAAUUAUACAAGAAAUUGGAAAUGCGCUGCAGUAAUAAAAGCGGAGGGAAGCUACCCGUCUUAUGAACCAAGUUUAAACUCGCCAACAAUGACUUCUUCAGCCGCAGCAACUGCGAAAUACUACAAGAAGGGAACAAUUAGCAACCCAAAUCAAGUGCCAUGGCAUUAAGUCCAAUAUAUAAUCAAGCUAUCAAGAUUGAUAGCCGUUCCUAUUUGUGGAGAGGCAUGGGCGGUGCUCUACACCACGUUAUCUCACGGGAGAAAAUAGUUUACCACGGUUAUUUUCAUUUUCAUGUGAAUAUACAGAGUCGCGACGAAUAACUGUUACACAGUGUUUUGGAAAAAUAAAGGGGGAAUUCAUAGAUUUUGCAAGGAAAGUAUUUUAUUGUUAAUUUGGCACAUAUUUUUUUUUUAUUUUAUUAAUUAAUUUUAAAAUUUUAAUCCUUAUUUGCAUUUGCCAGCAGUGUAAACAAUUCGGAAAUAAGUAAAUGAAAGUCUUUUUCAUGUGUAUUGUUUCUUAGACUUUGUUUAAAAAAGACAACAAAAGAGAACUAGUAUAAAGACAAAAUGGAAAAAAUGGAGAAAAUUUGCCUAUGGUUAAGAAGAUAUGGCAAAUAUAUGCAGACGAAGUCUUGCGCUUUUCUCUCCGCUUACCAUUCCGUUUUCCCCUGGUAACCCCAAAUAAAGAUUAAAAGUUAAAAACUAAUUAAUAAAAUUAACAAUGAAAUGCUUUCUUCGCAAAAUCUCCAUAGGACCCUUUAUUUAAUAAAAACUCCUGGGUAACAGUUAUUCGUCGCCACCCUCUACAUAUACACACAUCUUUUUCCAAAAA